AGAAUAUCACAGCAGUUAGUUCUUUGACUAUGUAAAUAAAAUAUUGGCUGAGAAACCCGAGCAAGUGCCAGAGUAGUUCUACGAGCACAUGAAUAUCAGAGAGUAAAAGAUGGGUGUGUCUUUCGUAAAGCUCGAGAUCAUUUCAUAUUUUCUGAUAACAGUACUUCUGGUUGAGAGAGGAGCCAGCCAAGAUGCUUAUGAAGAGUGCAAAGUUGCUAGAUGUGGAGAGAAGGGUCCACCAAUCAGAUUCCCUUUCAGACUCAAAGGCAGGCAGCCACCCCAUUGUGGCUACCCUGGCUUCGAACUCUCGUGUACUCAUUCCAACCAAACCAUGCUUGAGCUCCCAAAUCUUCGGUUGAAAUUACAUCUUAGAGAAAUUUACUAUGUACUGCAGCGUAUGAAGGCAUAUAAUCCGUAUUGCAUCCCCAAAAAGAAUUUGAAAUUCCUCAAUCUCUCAACUUCUCCUUUCCAGUUCUAUCGUAGUAGUAUGAUAUUGAAAUGCUCUAUCAAUCAUACAAAGGGUCCUUCAAUCCCUUGUUUAUCUGACUCAAAAUAUAUUGCUCGUGCAAUUGAUUAUGACUCUAUCACAUCAUCCAACACCAUGUGGGGGGUUAUGGUUUCGUGCAGCAAGUUGUUUCACAAUUUACCAGUACCAUCAGCAAUAUUCCAAUCUAAACUUCCGGUGACCUUGGGCUGGUCCACACUAGAAAUAUUCCAACCUCACUCGGACAAUGAAACUGAAUGUUGCAACGAAACAAAGAAAGGUGGUCAUGGGUUAAAAUUUUCAUUGGUGACCGCAGGUUUUACUACAGGAUCAUUUGUAAUCGUACUUGGGUUCCUUGCAACAUUUUAUGUCUAUCAUAUAGAAAAACAGAAGAGAGAAAAUGGAUUAAGAAUCGAAAAGUUUCUGGAGGAUUACAUAGCAUUAAAGCCAUCAAGAUAUACCUAUGCCGAUGUGAAGAAUAUCACAAAUGAUUUUGAAGACAAGUUGGGAGAAGGAGCAUAUGGAAUAGUAUUUAAAGGGAAGCUUUCCAAUGACGUCCUCGUCGCUGUGAAGAUUUUGAACAACAUCGAAAAGGGAAAUGGGGAAGAGUUCAUCAAUGAAGUAGCCACAAUAGGUCAAAUUCACCAUGUCAAUGUGGUUCGUUUGGUUGGUUAUUGUGCUGAUGGGUUUAGAAGAGCUCUAGUUUACGAAUUCUUACCUAACGAUUCUCUAGAGAAGUACAUAUCAAUACGAAGGUCAACCGGCACUGAAAACUGUUCACUUAGUUGGGAGAAACUGUUCGACAUUGCUUUAAGUACAGCUAAAGGAAUCGAGUAUCUCCAUCAAGACUGCGAUAAACGGAUCAUUCAUUUUGAUAUCAAGCCCCAAAACAUCUUGUUAGACCACAAUUUUAAACCAAAGAUUGCUGAUUUUGGUCUUGCCAAGUUAUGUUCAAAGGAUCAAAGCAUAGUGUCGAUGACUACAGCUAGAGGAACCAUAGGGUAUAUUGCACCUGAAGUAUUCUCUAGGACCUUUGGAAAUGUGUCCUACAAGUCAGAUGUUUAUAGUUUUGGAAUGUUGUUACUCGAAAUUGUUGGAGGCAGGAGAAAUAACAACAUGAAUGAAAUUUAUUAUCCAGAAUGGAUUUUUAAUCUUUUAGAAGAAGGAGAAGAUCUUCGAGUCUAUAUCAAUAGUGAGGAAGGAGAUGAUAAGAUUCCAAAAAAACUUGCAAUUGUAGGACUUCGGUGCAUUCAAUGGCACCCAACAGAUCGUCCGACUAUGAAAGAUGUGAUUCAGAUGUUGGAAGGAAAUGAAGAAUUAAGCAUCCCACCAAAUCCAUUUUCAUCCACAAAUUCAUCCAAAUUAUACACCAAGAUACCGAAUAGAAUUAUGGCAAACUUAGAAUUAGAAACUAUAGCUGAAUAAACAGGAAGAAUAUUUAAUUUAUUAUUUUUUUUAUUUGUAUGUCAUUAUAGUUGUGUAAUUUUAUUUAAUAUAUAUAUAUAUAGAAUCGCUUUAAAUUUGAACUACAGCUUUAGCAU